AUGUGUGAUAUGUGUAAGGAUCAUCCUAAGUUCACAUCGUACAUUUAUGACACUUGGUUGGUUCACAAGGAGAAAUUUGUGAAGGCAUGGACAAACAGAGUGAAGCAUUUUGGAACGACAACAAGUAACAGGGCUGAAAGUGCACAUGCAAGCUUGAAGAAGAUGCUUAGGAACGGCAAGGGUAACCUGUGCGAUUCAUGGGAAGCAAUUGAUAGGUUGACCAUUGUACGCCACAAUGCAAUACAAGCAUCGUUUGAGCGCAGUAUUAACAUUGUAGAGCACCAUUUCAAGUCUCCAAUGUAUAAGAAUAUGAGAGGAUUCGUUGCUAAACAUGCCCUUCACCUAAUGUAUGAUGAACAAAACAGAUUUUGGGGUCAUGGUGAGAAAUGCGGUUGCGUGAUGAAAGUCACUCAUGGACUACCUUGCGCUUGUGCACUUCAGAGUAUGGCCUCAAUUUCGUAUGCAGCAGUUGAUCCAUUCUGGAAGAUACUUUCUUGGGAACAAGUGCCUGUUGUGGAGAGUCAAACCUUAAACAGUGGAUGCAUGCCGCCAGAGAUUGAGGCCUUGAUUGCUCAUUUCAAUACCUUGGAUGAUGCAGGCCAAAGUAUGCUGAGAAGGAAGCUUAAAGAGCUUUAUUGUCCUCAAAUCAGUUCAUUGUGUCCUCCUGAAGUGAAGAUAAAGCAUAAUCAAUCGUCCAAGGAGAGGAAAACCAAACCUCCCAGAGGUCAAUCAAUAGGAUCCACCCAGCGUGACCUUUCACAUUGGGAUCUUUUUGACAAUCAGACCAAAGAACAAGAAGCGAAAGCUAGCAAGAGGAAACCUAGGCUCACCAAAACUCCUAAAACAACUCCAACAUCGCAAGCUCCUAAGUCAAAGAACAAGAAGGCUAUGACGGCCACCGGCUCCAAAAUCUACUUACCGGAGUUGCCAUCUUUUUUAUGA